GAGUGAAGCAAGUUUACUUGCCUCUGCUUUUAGAAAAGUAACUUACGCAAGAAAACCAGAUUUCUGGUUUCUCGUGGAAGUUGCUGGAACUAUGCAGGAAAUUUUAUUUGAAGCAACUUCUGGUACAAAACUUAGAGUUUUCAUUAUGGAUCAGCCAGGGUAUCCGUUAUGCAGAGUUCGUGAGGUCUACGAUCUCAAAAUUCCUUACAGACCAGUGGAUGAGGAAUCUGUACUUCAAUUCAUUUACAGCUUAUGGAUGACGAGACUGGGGUUAGAAGAAUCAAUAAAAGAGAUAGAUGAAAUUGGAAGAGAAAUUCAAGUUUUUGAGAUCUGUGCCAACUCCAUUCAUAAAAAUGAUUUUGAGAUUAAACUUUCGACUAAUUAUUAA